AUGUCUAAGUUUCGUUGCUGCCCAAAACAUCCUUGUAAUAAUAAUAUAAAGGAUACUCUUGUUGAAGAUAUCUUCCAUGACGUAUGUUCUUCUAUGGAUCUGCACGAGCGUGAUAUAUUUGGCCUUGCAAUGCUUUGUAAUGACGAGGGUUGGCUAUUUUUAGAACCUAGUGAGUUUAUGCACAGGAUAAUAACCAAUUAUUUCGCGACAACUGAUCAAAAGUGUUCCGCCGGUAUUUUGUCUCUACCGAUAAAUAAGUCAAUAUAUCAUUGUUCAUUACAAUCAUCAUAUCCAACUGUAUAUUUUCGCAUCCGAUUUUAUCUUCCGAUACAUUGUAUAAAUGAACGUGCAACACAACAUAUUUAUUAUUUACAACUACGAAAAAAUCAUGUUGCCUAUGAAAUAUUUUGUGAUCCAAAUGUAUAUUUUCAGUUAGCAGCGUUUGCACUACAGGCUGAAUUGGGUGAUGCACCAAAAUGUUUUAAUCCAGAAUCUGAAACAUCCUAUUUCCUACCAGAACUUUAUUAUCCUAAGAAACAAUUCCCAGAUUAUUGGAUUGUUCCAACUAAUCGUAUUAAAUGGAAUGAAAUUAAACGAAUUUAUUACAAUCAUCACACUGUAACUAUUCAUUUACGCUCUAAGGCCCGGAGGCGUGAUUUCAAAAUGAAAAGAACUUUAUCAGCAAGACAUUUAUUUGCUUUAAUUACUAAUAUGCAUUUCUAUCAAUCAAUAGCCGAAAUGUCUGCGACUCACUCGAACGAUUUGUUGGGGAAAAUUGAGUUAAGAUAUUCUAUAAAACCAUCGAUUUAA